GCCACGCCCCGGGGGGCCGGGAGGUUUGGGGGAGCCCCUCCCCGGGAACUCCCUUGGGUCCCCCCGGAAUCUGGGGUCCGGGUUGCACCCCUAAGUCGGGGCACGCGGUGCAGGAGCCAGCCUGGGCGUGGGAGGCCGGGCGGGCGGGUCUCGGGGUGCAGGUCGGGGGUCCCCAAGGCACGCGGGCCCUGCACGGGGCGCAGCAGGAGGCCGAGCCCAGGGCGGCGCCCCCACUGCUGUGCUCUGCUCGGCCGCCCCGCCCCGGGGCGUGCCCAGGGUGUGUAUGGGGGGUCCCCGGCUCCCCCCGCCCCCCGACUCCGCCCUCCCGCUCGGGGCGCUCAGUGCGCUCCCGGCCGGCGCCGUCAGCAUGGCGCGCGCGUUCGUCCUGCUGCUGCUGCUGCUCGCGGGGACGCUGGUGCGCGCGCGGGACGACUUAGGUUUUGACUUAGCUGACGCCCUUGACGACAUCAAGAAAACCACAGAAGCCCCCAAGAAGCCCCCGAGCGGUGGCGAUUUGGACCUGAGCGAGGCUCUCGAUGGCGCAGGAGACGCUAACCCUGUGGCCCCCAGACAGCCCGAGCCCAAGCCAAACCCGAAGCCCAACCAGCCAGGAUCCUCUGGUGGAUUUUCAGAUUCCGACCUGGCAGAUGCAGCAGGUGGAGACGGAGGCCGCGACGGACAUGGCGGGAGCAAGCCCCGGCACGACGGCGCGGCCCCGGAAGCGGAGCAGCCCCAGGGCGUGAUUCCGGGCAUCGUGGGCGCCGUGGUGGUGGCCGUGGCCGGAGCCGUGUCCAGCUUCAUCGCCUACCAGAAGAAGAAGCUGUGCUUCAAAGAGAACCAUGCCUCGGAGACCUAGGCCCGCGGAGCCUGGCCCGCCCCAGGAGCCUGGACAGCGCGGCUCCCCGCUAAGCCCAGCCCGGCCCGAGGAGCGGCCGCCCCGGCCCUGAGCGCCCCGCUGCCCCCCUGUGUGCUGCCUCCCCCCCGUCCCCCUCCCUCCUCUGCAGAAGGCCCCGAGUCACGAUCCCUCCCCCCAUUUGGGUCUGCGCCGAGACGGGUUUGCUGAUGGCCUGAGUGGCCUGAGCUGCCUGGAACCUCGGGGUGUCCUGCCUCGGCCUCCUGAGGUCGCUGGGGGGCUGGGGCCAUGCACCACCCCUAAUAUGUCUUGACCUGUCCACGCGGAGGUUGGAGCAAGCAUCAGCCCUCGGGGUGGUCAUUGGUCUUGGGGAGCGGGCUGUGCACCCCGGGGGCUGCGAACCCCGUCUUUCUCACCCUGGAUUCUUAGGACUCCCUGACCACCGGGCGCCCCGCAGGGCGGCCUCUGUCUCUGCCCUCCUCUCCCCCACCUGGUUCUGUAAGGGGUGCCAGGCUGCCGACCCAGACCGCGGGGAUGGCGCUUUCUGGGGGCCCUCCAAGUCCGCGAGGCUCUGUGCCGGUGAGCGGGUGGCGGGGUCCCGCGCUUUGGACCUGAGCGUCCUCCUUGCCAGGCCGGCUGCACCCACGUGUGACCCCGACAUUGCAGGCUGGGCCAGCAUUGCGCCCUCCGCCGGCCAGCAGCAGGGCCAGUCGGGCUUUAAUUUUGCCUUUUUGCAAUGGGGUCUCGCUGUGCAGCUCGGGCCGGCUGCAGCUCACGCGGGGCUGCUCGGGCGCUCACAGCGACCUCCCGCCUCAGCCUGCCGGCGCCGGGCUGCACAGACAUGCAGGGCACACCGAGCGUCCACGGCCGGCCUGCGGGGUGCCUGGGCCCGCGUGGAAUCCGUUCGCUCCAGGCCCCCCGGGGGGAACCGGCGCCCCGACGGUGCCUGUGCUGACCGCACACUUGCUGGUCUGGGGACCUUGCGGGUGUCUCACCUCGGCAACCUGGCUCAGGCCCUCGGGGGAUACAUUCUGUUGUUUUUACUUUUUCUUUCGGUGGGGAGAAGCCCUCUCGGGAAGCCAAAGCGCCCGUCAGAUCAUGCGCUGUAACGCGUGCCCCGCGUUGGCUGGCAGCCUCUGCCCGGCCUGAGGGCUCACUGCCUGUUUGGACUUGGCCCUGCAGGAGGAUUUCUUUUUAUCUAUCUAUCUAUCUAUCUAUCUAUCUAUCUACUAUCCAUCCCUCUCUCAUCUAUCUGUCCAUCCUUCUGUCCAUCCAUCCACCUAUCUGUGUAACCGAUCAGUCUAUCAGCUGUCUGUCUGUCCUUCCUAACUGUAUCUCUCUGACUACCUGGCUCCGUAAUCAUUCUGUGCAUCCAGCCACCUACCUAUAAAUCUGUCCAUCACCUCACAUCCUUCCUGUCUGUCCUUCCGUCCAGGUAUCUAUCUGCAUAACCAGUCAGUCUGUCUCUCUGAGCAGCCACGACUGUGUAUAAUCCAUCAGUAUUCUCUGCCUGUGGUCUAUGCAUGCAUUUACCCAACUCCAUAAUGCAUCUAGCUGUCCAGCUACCGGUAAAUCUGUGUCUAUCUGUCCAUCCACCCAUCCAUCCACCCGUCCAUCCAUCCUUCCUGUCUACCCGUGGCCUGCCUGUCCAGAUGCUCUAUCUCUCUCUGUCUCUCUGUCCCUCUGUCCCUCUGUCCCUCUGUCCCCCUCCUGCCCGCCCAGCCCGUGUCGCCCUGUGCCGUGUCACUCGCUGGUGGGGAGGGCGUUGCCGACCGUGCACUUUAUCCGACACUCACUACAGAGCUGCGCUUCUGCCCCUUAGUUAGACCUUUAUGCUCUGCACCUUGCGCGCGUCCCGCCCGUGUACACUGAGCCCGACCCUGCAGCUCUGGAAACACUGCCACUCGCUGAGGGGAGGAGCAGGACUUUCCUUUGCCACCGACAGUGUGCGGCCCUCGAGGUCGUUUGCAGCCUUGUAGAAGAGAAAUAAACGUAUCUUUCCUGGAA